AAUGCACUGGUAUAGGAAAUGCGCGCCCGAGAAACAGCUGAUUUCGAUUGUAUUCGUGGGUGUGGGGGGUGUAGGGCCGAUAAGCAAUGCAAUUCGCCUAUCGGCCGCAAGGAAAAGAACGGUCAAAAAAUUACAACGGAACAAAAGUGAAAAACGUGUAAAACGACAUACUGUGGAAGAAAAUGCACUAGGAUCAUAUAGAGGUAUAAGGGUGCCCAAACAUGGAGCUGCGUGAGCUGCGCGGCAGCGGUGGCAAUGAGCUGGGUGGCAUUUGUAUUGGCGGCGCCGCCGGGGGCGUUCAUCGUGUGCCCACUAAGGCGGAUUUGUUUAUGGAGCAGUUGAACGCGGCAAAUGCCAAAAAGGUAGCCCUGCUUUUGGUAAUGGGCUUUGUGCUCUACCAUGGCCUGCUCAAUUGGAAUUACGGCAGUGACUCCUGCCAAUGGCUGCUGUCCAAAGGCCGUUUUAAGGGCGAUAAUGAGUGGCAGCCAUACGGGUGCAUGGUGCACAAAUAUUCGCUCACAGAUACGCGACGCUGCCUACGCUAUCUAGCCUUUUUUGGCAAUAAGAACAACUUUGUCUUCAUUGGCGACUCCAGUGUGCGCUUGCUCUAUCAGCGUUUUAUUGAGCAACUUCAUUUGCCCCUAUUAGAGGAUGACAACAACGCCUCCCAUGCAGCAGCUGCUGGAAACGAUGAUGCGCAAGACGAUGAUACUGGAGAGUUGGGUGCUGCUCCACGUUUUGAGGACAAGAAGCUGCAUAUGCUUGCCCAAUAUAUAAGAGCAGAUGAGGUGAAUGAUUCACUUAUCGAGCUCCUUGCACAAUUUGAGGCACAAAAGCAAUUGGCCUCGGUAUAUGUGGUGGGUCUGACCCACACCGGUUUACUGGCCGGCAACGUUACCGAGGAGCUGUUGCGCCAGUAUAGCGCCAAUUUAACACGACUAGUCAUGCCAUUCGAUCGUCUGGUAGCGCAAACAUCACGAGUACUGUGGAAGCUGGCCGAUCGGGUUGACGAGGAGAAGUUGCCGCCUUCAUGGAAACUGGUGCUAAACGAGGAUAUCGAUCGCUUAAAUCGUGUUGCGCGCAGCGUUUUUCGCUACACAGACGCCACUGUCUGGGAGUCCGCAUGGCAAAUUGCCAACGGGCUGCUGGACAAUGCCAUUGAUGGGCAUAGGUUGUGUGCCCAUGGUUUGCGCUUAGAGGUUCAGCUACUGUGGAAUAUGUACUGCAAUGAUUAUAUGAAUUAUAAUGAUGGCACCUGCUGCAGCAGCGCCGAGCCACAUACGACUCUGCAGAUUGUAGCCUAUGCGCUCUUUGGUGUUUGCAUGACAAUAGUCUGUGUGAUGUGCUUGCGCCGUUGGCUGCUUCAUUUACGUGGCCACACGCUCUACGUACCACUUCGCCAGCAUAGGUCAAAUACAUGUUCUGGUGCGGGCAGCUCCAGUUCCUCCGGCGGCGGAUCAUCAGCUAGUAGCGCCUUUACUGCCAUCAUUACCGACUAUGGCAGACCUAUGGUGGCGCUCUCGCUGCUGGGCCUAAUAAUGGCCUACUUUUAUCUAUGUGAUCGCACCAAUUUCUUCAUGAAGGAGAACAAAUAUUACUCGGAGUUCAGCUUUUGGAUACCCGUAGGCUAUGUCUUCGCAUUAGGCCUAUUCUUCACGGAGGACUCGCGUUUCACGAAGGUGUUAAAUCGCGACCAAAUAGAUGAGCUGCGUGGAUGGAUAUUAUUGGUGGUGCUUAUUUAUUAUAUGACUGGUGCUCAGCGUGUGCUCCCCAUACAUAUGCACAUCAAGCUACUAAUAUCCGGUUACUUCUUUCUAACCGGCUACACGCACUUCACUCACGUCUGGCAGACGGGAGGCAAUUAUUCCCUUUUUGUUCGCUUCUUCCAGUCCAUGUUCAGGAUUAAUUUUCUCACGGUGCUGUUAUGCUUUUGUAUGAACCGUCCAUAUCAAUUCUAUUACUUUGUGCCGUUGCUUUCCUUUUGGCUGUGUGUCGUCUAUUUUGUGCUGUCGCUGCCGCCACGCAUCUCAGCCUCCUCAGUGGACGCCAAUCCAUUGCAUUAUUUGUAUUUGGUAUGCAAAUGUAUUGGUUGUUUAAGUGUCAUCACUGUGCUCUUCAUGUCCGAGGUAUUUUUCGAGCGCAUCUUUGUCACACGUCCGUGGAAGGCACUGUUCGUGACAACCGACGAUGACAUACAUGAGUGGUGGUAUCAAUGGAAAUUGGAUCGCUAUACCGUUACAUUUGGCAUGAUUUAUGCCGCCUGCUUUCAUAUUGCUCAAAAGUAUAGCGUUUUCGAUGAUAACAAUCAUGGUAAUUUGUUUUCGCGUCGCACUUCCAUAUCAGUUACAUUAUUGGCCCUACUAGGCGUGGGCACAUACACAUCUUUCUCAUUCCUUUGUCGUAACGUUCAAAACUGCGAGGAGAUUCAUUCGUAUAUCGUAUUCAUACCGAUUAUCGGCUAUGUGGUACUGCGAAACAUUUCCGGAAUUUUGCGUACGCGUUACUCAAACUUUUUUGCCUGGUUCGGUCGCAUAUCGUUGGAGCUUUUUGUCUGCCAAUAUCAUAUUUGGCUCGCGGCCGACCGCCAUGGUGUACUGGUCCUAUUGCCCGGAUUCCCAACCCUCAACAUGAUCAUAACAUCGUUCAUUUUUGUCUGCGCCUCCCAUGAGGUGCAUCGUUUAACGCAAAUUUUAGUGCCCUUCGCGGUCCCAAAUGAUUGGCGAUUAGUCAUGAGAAAUUUUGUGGUUUUCCUAAUUGUGCUCAUACCGGUGGCCAAGUCGGACGGAAUGUUCUAGUAAGGUAAUAAAAUUACCAUCGCUUUAAGAAAAA